UAUCAAAGAGGAGGGGCUCAGAAGCUUUAUCCUUCCCCACCAGGUAGGAGUUAAUGGUUACAAACAGACCACUGCAGUGGUUGUCUUUCAUGUGAAGGCAUGCAAAAAGAAAGGAAGAAAUGAUGAAAACAUGGAUGCAAUACAGAAACGAAUGAAAAAUCUGAGGACAAAUAUUUGUUUCCUGAAACAGCUCAGGGGCAUGCUCAACAAAACAGGGAAAACUACGCAAAAAUAACGAGAUUUAAAAUAAGAGAGUUCUGGCUCAGUGAGAGAUCACUGAGGGAAAAGCAGUGCAUUUCACUUGCAGUAAACCCCGAAGUCAACAAAAACAGCCAGAGACAGAAGAAAAGCUAAGGGCUUUCAUUGACACUGACCUUUGAGUAACCCAGUUUGGAGCUUUCCAUGUCCGGUGGGAGGGGAGACAGUGUGUCUGUGUGUGUGUGUGUGUGAGAGAGAGUGUGGGCUCUUAUUUUUUCCCCUCAGAGAGAUCUCUUGUAACAGAUCGGAAAGAGCAGAGCAGAGCGCUGAGGCACGACACCGCGUCUCGCAGGGCAGCGGGGCUCACGGCUGGUUCCCCCCGAGGAGCGGCUCGCCGUCCGCAGGCAUGAACGACAUCAAGCUGGCCCUGCUGGGCAGCGAGGGAGCGGGAAAGUCAGCGGUCUUAGUGCGGUUCCUGACCAAGCGGUUCAUUGGAGAGUACGCCUCCAAUUCCAAUUCCUUAUACCGUAAAAGGCUCUCAAUCGACGGCAGACAGUUGAACCUGGAGGUCUUUGAUCCAUGUUCUCAGGGUGCAGAGAGCAGGUGCAUUCUGGAGGAGCCAGUGAAGUGGGCAGAUGGCUUCAUUGUGGUGUACAACAUCAGCGACCGCUCCUCAUUCUUCAGCGCCCAAAAUAUCCUGUGUCAGAUCAGGGAGGCGCGUGCAGAGAGCUGCAAGGGGGAAACAGACGUACCCGUAUACCUGGUGGGAAACAAGCAGGACCUCUGCCACGCCCGGCAGGUGUGUGAGGAAGAGGCCCGCUCCGUGGCCCAGGAGCACCGGUGCCUCUUCCAGGAGGUGUCGGCAGCGGAGGACUAUCAGGAGAUCGCAAACCUCUUCACCAAGCUCAUCCGUCAGGUGAUGGAGCACCUGAAACUCCGGGCCGAUCGGCGCCGCUACAGCGGCUCCAAGUCCAUGGCCAAGCUCAUCAACAACGUCUUCGGCAAGAGGAGGAAGUCCGUCUGAGAGCGGUGUGGAAAUCGGCACUGCGCCCCCUGGUGGAUAGUGGCACUUCCAGAUAGAGGCCUCUUGUGACCAGAACACUCCAGUGGAAAUCGAAUGCCUUAAAACUCAAGGAGAAAGACAUUCUUGGAUAGCUGGAAUGGAAGACCCUGGACAAUUCAUAGUUCAGUGAGAUCUGCAGAGCUGUGUGGAGUAACUACACAUCACAGACAUAUCACUCUUAAGACAAAUUGCUGAGAGCAUUGUAUUAUUCUGUGUUUUCUCAAAUAAUAACUGACCUUCUCAUUUUUAUAUUCAUACAUUAAGCUUUUUUUUAGUGUACUUUAAUUGUUCAUCUCACAUAAUAUGUCAAUUAUAAUUGAAAUAUCUUUGCUAUGUUAAUGAUGUGCUGAAGAAGUAUGUUUCCAUUUUAUAUGAUCAAUAUUUGCUAAAAUGAAUGCCUUAGACAAAGAAAUGCCAUUCAACUUCUGUUCAGAGCUUGAUGGUGUCAUUGAAUGACCCCAUUGUAUGUGAAAUUAAAAAGAAACGAAAACCCUUGGAACUGUCUGAACAAGCACACAGAAGGCUGGUAUUCAGACAAACAUUUGAACUCCUUCAAAAAGAAUAAUAAUAAUACAUCCAAAAUUCUUCUUUGUUAACUCAAGUGAAAGCAGAAAGUCCAGGGAAAUGUUUCAGUCCCUCUCCACUCAAUAGAGUAAUGAGGUGGGAUUUGUGGGUAAAUUACUGAAAACUGCACAUUAAUCUUCAAGUAUAUCUCUGUACAGAAUCUGCCAUGGCAUCCUAUGUUGUAACUUUAGGUGAAACCAAAUUUCUGUUUGGAAUUCUGUUAUGGAAUUCCCCAUAUCACUAUAAAGGAACACUUUUACAGUAGGCCUUUUUGUUGCAUGUAUAUAUAAUUGCAGAGAUAUCAUCUAUAAUUGCAGUUUCACAAUGGGGAAGUUUCCCAUAUUAGUGCAUUGGCUCUUAACUUUCUACAAACAGUACUGCCAUUGUACUUUACACUGGGAUCAUACAAACAUUCCCUUUAUAAACAAACAUUGACCAUUUUUUUGGUAAAUUAUAUUGAGAUAACUAUGCAUGGUGCCUUACUGACAUUGUAAAAUUAAAAUGCUAAAUUCUUCAUCAGA